GAGUCUUCUCUUUGCCGGAGAAAGAACCACGAAGGACUGCGUGGUUACGCUGCGCCGGGCGAGGGCACGACAUCGAGAACCUGCCUCUCAUUCCCCGUUUUUGUGCCGAACAUUUCGAGCCGACUGCUUUCCGAAAGGACGACCUGCGUCGUUCCCGUCUUCGAUCAGAUGCUCUGCCGACGCUUCUGCUUCCCGUCGCCGAUGAGACCGACGAUCCUCCCCCAAAGCGCCAAAAAGUCGUGACUCAGGCCUCGGCAACUGGACUGCCUGCACCCUGCGAGGCAGAAAUGACCCUCAGGGACUGUACUGCUGAGACAAACAUCCCUGCAGUGGUGCCACCUGUCCCUGUCGCAGACGUGCCUGCACAGUCGCAUCCACCCGAGUCUGCCUUCUCCACUUGUAGCAGUGGGGUGCCAUAUGAAUGCACAUCUCCUGUUCCCAGCAACAUGCCAGACUCUGACGCAACCUACUCUCCGUCUCACAGCGAGGAUUACGAGAGAAUCGAGCAUGGUGCAUCAGCUCCACCACCACCACCAGAAGAAGAGCGCCAGUUUCUGGUGUUCGAGAGCUGCCUAAGGGAGCUUUUCAAGACGUGCCAAGAGUGCUCAAGACUGUGCUAAACAACGAUCG